AGUGUUCAUUGGAAAAUCAGCAGGAUGAGAACACCAAAGCAAGGAAUUCAUGUGGACAAAGGUUGAAUAAGGUUUAUGGACAUAGGUUAGAUGAGUUUUAAAUUGUACUGAUUGUCAUGUAUUUGGCACAGUAGGCUACUUUUGAUUGAAAGUCUUUGGGGGUGUUUGUUUCAGCAUUUUACACCAAUGUCCUGCAGAUGUUCUAAUCUCCCACUAUAUUGAAAAAUGAAUCAAUCUAAACAACUGUGGAAUAAGUGUAUGUUUAUAGGCCUGCAGUACAUGAACAAUAAAUAGUAGGUCUGAGAAAUAGUCGUCCAACAUUCCCAUCAGCGCAUUCCAGAACUGGUCAUGUGAUCUCGAGGUUAGCGCUCGCGCUGCAGUGUUUUGCCGGGAGAGGGUUGAGCCUGAGCGAGGUGUACAGAACUGAACUGGAGACGUUUUGGCAAGAAUGAAACUUCAAAAGAAUGAAACUAUACAAUAUGAUGCAAAACUAUAUGAAACAAAAGUAAAACUUUAUGAGUUCGCGUUGCACCACGCAUAGACCACUUGGAAUUGUGUGGUGUCUGCCACAAGAAGACUGGACUUUGUCUUUAGGACUCCAGCCGACGUGAACACAGACCUCUAGACCUAAACACAGACGUCUAGACCUAAGCAUGGCUGCUACGCUGCCAUCUACACUGCACUCUGCGCUGCCCAGACCAGACUGUCAUAUGGACAGGAGCUGGGGCUUCUUUAAGGACUCAGACGGACUCACAGACUCAGACCUAAGCAUGUCUGCUACGCUGCCCAGACCAGACUGUCAUACGGACAGGAGAGGAAGCUUCUUUAAGCUGAUAGACACGUUUGCGUUGGAGAUAGGGGAGCUGAAGCAAGAGAUGGUCCAGACCUCCCCAACAGAGGACAGGGACCCUAUGGUUCUACAGGGGUUGGAGAGGGAGGUGAGCGGAGUUUAUCUCCAGUCCUCGCCCUGCGCUGGCGCCAGUGGUGAAAGGGAUUCUGGGUACGACUCCCUGCGUAGGCGGAUGAGCGUGCUGGACAGACUGAGGCACACGCACCCCGUGUGGCUACUGCUCACGCUCAGUGACACGGAGGCCACACGUAUACUGCUGCAGCAGCCUCCAGGGGUAUUCCUGGUGAGGAAGUCAUGCACUCUUCAGAGGAAAGUUCUGUCUCUAAGGGUCAGGGAUGAUGACGCCUCUGGAGGAGCCAGCAUCUAUGACUUUCCUGUCAGAGAGAGUCAGUACACCUUUUCUCUGGAAGGAUCUGGGAUCAGUUUUGCAGACCUGUUUCGCCUGGUGGCCUUCUACUGUAUCAGCAGGGACGUCCUUCCUUUCACCCUGAAUCUCCCAGAAGCCAUUGCAGCCUCUAAGACUCAGCAGGACCUGGAAGAUGUUGCCCAACUAGGAGCAGGAUUCUGGCACUCUGCUCUAGGCAGCCUGCGAAGGACUACCUCUCCCUCUCGCCCUCCACCACAGCGCCCUGACAGAGACGGUGACAACCAGGGUGCAGAGAGGACACAAGAGCAACAGAGUGUGACUCGCCACAGCAGCGUUCCUCCAGCUCUACCCCCUUCCUCCACCUCCUCUCGCCUGGAGAGAAGCCAGUCCAACGGGGCUCUUUGCUUCGUCAACCCCCUCUUCCUCCAGACUCACCGGCGGCUUGAGGAAGACCCUCAAUCCUCUUCCACCUCUCCUUCCCCCUACGUCACACACUCCACCCCGGGAACUACGGGUGGGACGUCUUCGGCCCCUGUCACGGACCCCAACGUGAAAAGGAAGUCACGCCCCCCUCGGCCCCCGCCCCCCCGUUCCCUCUCCCAGCGCCGCCAAGCUCCCCCUCCCCCCACCCCUCUUCCCCAGAAGCCCAAGAGCAGCAUGCCCGAAACGCCCGCAGCCAUUGUUGUCGCCAGGCAACCACUGCAACCCUCAUCCAAUCAGAACCUUCGCCCCACCCCUCGCCCUCCCAUGGGUGCCAGGCACAGCAGCCAUUCCAAAAAGACGACGAGCAGCGCCGCCAUCCCUGUGCCUCACCAUCACCCUCAACACCCUCCUCCCCCACGCCCCAAAAAACCUGACAUCGACGCCCACCGGUGCCACAUCGCUCUUGAUGACGAGACUAUCGCCAAGGCUCUGUCCCGUGCCAAGCUUCCCCCGUGCCAGGCACCGGCCAUACCCGCUCCCUCCAUAGUGGGAAAUGGUGCUGGUAGCCCCCCCAGCCCUCCGGGUAAGACCCCCAGGCGAGAGGGACAAGAGGGGAGGCUGAGCGACAUGUCCAUCUCCACCUCUUCCUCAGAUUCUCUGGACUACUCCCACCCUCCCCUCUCCCUCCCCGCCAGCCCCCCUCUCAGAUUACGGCAUCACCUUGGCAACAAUGAGGACAGCAGCGAGGACGAAGACCUCUGUGACGAAGAAGAGGACGACUACGGCGUCAGCCUGGAGAACGACCUGGACCAGGGCCUUCGUCCUCCCUUCAAAGCCCGCCGGAGAGGGGUCGGCGUCGGGGUCAAAGUUGCGCUGAGCUUCCGAAAAGUUUCUGGAGUCUUCAGCACCUUCAUGACCCCAGAAAGGCGAGCCGUGAGGAGGAUAGCAGAGCUCUCCAGGGACAAGAGUUCCUACUUUGGAUGCCUGGUUCAGGAUUAUAUCAGUUUUGUACAGGAGAAUAAGGGGUGUCAUACGUCAGGCUUAGACCUCCUGCAGACCCUCAGACAGUUCAUGACCCAGAUGAAGGCCUACCUGACGCAGAGCUCCGAACUGGACCCGCCCAUCGAAUCACUCAUACCCGAGGAUCAGAUAGACACUGUCCUGGAGAAGGCCAUGCACAAAUGUGUGUUGAAGCCGCUGAAGGGCGUAGUGGAGGUGGCCCUGCACGACUUCCAGGUGAGCAGUGGAGGCUGGCAGCAGCUGAGGGAGAACCUGGCCCUGGCUAAGACCCGGAGGCCCCAGGACCUGGGUGUGGACGGGGCCGUGCCCCCUGACCCCAUGGCCAUCGAGAAGAUCCGCCACAAGUUCCACAACAUGAGGAAGAUGUACUCCCCGGAUAAGAAGGUGUCGCUGCUGCUCCGAGUGUGUAAACUCAUCUACACCAUCAUGCAGGAUAAUUCAGGGAGGAUGUACGGAGCAGAUGACUUCCUACCGAUGCUGACCUAUGUCCUGGCCCAGUGUGACAUGCCUCAGCUGGACACUGAGAUCCUCUACAUGAUGGAGCUGCUGGACCCCUCACUGCUGCAUGGAGAGGGUGGCUACUACCUGACCAGUGCGUACGGGGCCAUGGCUCUCAUCAAGAACUUCCAGGAGGAACAGGCAGCCAGGGUCCUCAGCUCCGAGGCCAGAGACACCCUGCACCAGUGGCACCGCCGACGCACUGCCCAGCGCACGGCACCCUCCGUGGACGACUUCCAGAACUACCUGCGAGUCGCCUUACAAGAAGUCAACAGCGGCUGCACAGCCAAAACCCUCCUAGUCCACCCGUACUCCACCACCGAAGAAGUAUGCUCGCUCUGCACCUACAAGUUCAAAGUUCAUGACCCCGAGAACCACGCCCUCUUUCUCAUCACUGAGGCAACCAGUCAGCAGCUUGCCCCGGACACACACCCCCAGCGAAUCAAAGCGGAGAUACACAGCCACCCAAACUCGCAACCCUUCCAUUUUGUCUACCGCAGAGUGCCCAACCUUAACCUGUGUAUACCAGCUAUCCCAGCUAACCAGCACAAUGGCAACUGCCUACUGCCUAGCCAAUUGGAUGAAUUAAACUGAAUUAAAAUGAAAUAAAACGUUAUUGAUCCCUA